CCCCAAAACACACACACAAACCUCAAAUAACGGUGGCUUUGGCCGUACAAUCCCCACCGUAAUCAGAUCCAAAACGUCGUCGUCACCGCCGGCGAUGUGUUCCAGCUGGUGGAGAACAACCACAACCACAACCACACCUUGUAAUAAUAAUAAUAAUAUAAAUAAUAACAAUAUUGAUAAUAAUAAUAAUAAUAAUAAUAAUAAUAAUAAUAAUAAUAAUAAUAAUAGUUUUAGAAACAUAAAUAUAAAUAAUAAUAAUAAGUUAGGGUUUCGUGGCUCAAAAAAGCUGUAUUUUGAUAAAGGAGAGGGGAAAGGUUGUGGUGGAUUGAGUAUGGGAUCCGUUAACAAUGAUAACGGAAAAUGUACGACGGAGGAUCAUCGGAGCUCCAACGGCGGUUCUACAUUGUCGCCGGAAAAGCACCGGAAUGUUAAAUCUCCUCCGCCGGAGAAGAAGUUAUUGACUUUGCCGACGAUUUUAACGAUCGGACGUGUUGCCGCCAUUCCUGUUCUCGUCAGCACUUUUUAUUUGAAUAGUCGGCUGGGGACAACUUUUACCACAAGUAUUUUCAUUGCUGCUGCAAUUACAGAUUGGCUUGAUGGGUAUCUUGCACGGAAAAUGAACCUAGGUACAGCCUUUGGUGCAUUUUUAGAUCCUGUGGCUGAUAAGCUUAUGGUUGCUACUACCUUGGUCUUGUUAUGUACAAAACCUCCCGAAGCUGCUAUGCUUGGACAGUGGCCUUGGCUAUUGACUGUACCAUCAAUUGCAGUAAUUGGCAGAGAGAUAACAAUGUCUGCAGUCAGAGAAUGGGCUGCUUCUCAGGGUGGUAAACUUUCUGGGGCUGUUGCUGUAAAUAAUUUGGGGAAGUGGAAAACAGCCACACAAAUGAUUUCAUUAACCAUUCUUCUCGUCAUUAGAGAUCAGAGUUUUACGGAGGUAGGGUUACUGGGAACAUCUGGUGUUGCCUUACUUUACGUGUCGGCCGGGCUAGCUGUUUGGUCAUUGGUUGUGUAUAUGAAGAAGAUAUCCAAAGUAUUGCUGAUGUAACAAUUUUUUAGGAAAAAUGUCACAGCUGCCUUAACCCUCGAUCCACACCUGAAGCUGCUGUAUUUUACCCCAGUUUUCUUAUAUCUGCCAUACUAUAUUCUAUAGAUUUUUGUUGGUAGAAGAUGUCGAUUUGUGGCCUCAUGUUGAUGUUUUCAACUAAUAAUUUUUUGUCUUCUGGGAAAGUCACCCUCGAUACAACAUGUUUAUUAUUUGGUACGAGGCAUAUUUAUAUGUAUUGUACUUGUAGAUUGAUAUCAUAUAUUAACGAUAUUCCUCGGCUCUAUACAGUAAUAUUGGAAGCUUUC